CCGCUUCAGGCACACACAGUACACACACGACACACAGUACACAGCGACAGUCUCUUGUGGCACUCACACGACUUCCAGCAUACGUUCAAUCUGUUACUUUUUUACAUUGCUAUUAUAGCCUGGUUCUAGAUCUAGAUAAUCUAGACCCACGUUCCAAUUUUGUUAGAUUGCUUUUCUGUGAGAAUUAGACAAAAUAUUUUCCUGGUCGUCAGAAUGCUGUUGGAAAACGAUGCGUUCCUCACUGAGCUCACAAAAUUAUUUACCAAGGGAAAGACUAGCGGUUCUGUGACAAUGACCAUGAAGAGAUAUGAUGGAAGGACUAAGCCUAAGCCUCAAGGUGGUCUACUACCAGAGCCUAGUGAGUACAAAUGCCUGGUCCGCGCCACUUUGGGCAACAGGAAAAUCUCAACAGUGGUAAACCACAAGGAUGUCACCAAAUUUCAAAUGGCCUAUGGAAAUCUACUGAAGGGCAGCAUGGAUGGACUAAAGAAAAAAGACAAGAAAGCAGCCAGAGGUAGAAAGAAGACGAAAGCUACACAGUAGAUUUUUGUUUCAUUUCCAACCGAGUUUUUAAUAUUUUGUCGUAACUCUAUGGUGGGGGUAUAGCAAAUGGAGUAUUGGGUGCAUUCAAUGCAUUGUACAUUUUCAGCAGUUAUUUUUUUGCAUAUGUGUGCUUAAAUGUGUUUGUGUGUGCUCGUCAUUGAGAGACAGGCGGAGAACAUGGCUUACCUUUGGGUUACCGGUGUGCAAAAGAGAGGUACAAGUGUGGUAAAAGAAAUGGAGCUAAGAAGAACUCAUGUAUGUUGCAAAUGUAAUUUUGUAUGUGGGAGAGAAAGAAAGAGAGUUAAGCUUUUGAUUUUUUCAAUUUCAUUCAUCUUUGACUUUUCGUCGCAUUUAUCAGAUUUGAUUCUUUUGGAAGCCUUUAUAGUCUUGGCAUUUGUGGAAGAUUUUGUUUGAUGUUGUUGAAAAGAGCAAGACACUUUUUGCCCUCUGCUGUAGAGCAAGGUUAAAGGUCAACUGUUUACAUUUUGUGUAUGAGCACUUUACAUGUGGUCUUAUGAGGUAUUUAUUGUUACCAUUUCAAAAUUUUGGUGCAGAAUGUACCAAGUCAUAUUAAAAUGUGAAAACUUUCAAA